CCCCCUAUGAAAGCCCCUCCCACUCAGAAAGCCCCUCCCACUCAGAGGACCACCCGUGGGAAGAGCUCUUUGGAGCAGUCAGGUGCUGCUGCUGAAGAGGGCGUGGCUUUGACUCAGCCACGCCCACGAAGAGGCCGCUCCAAGAAAGGCUCCGCCUGCGACGAGGAAGUGGAGGCACUGCGCACCAAUAGAGAUGAAGAGGACCUGAAAGGAGACCAGAGCCUUGAGAUCAUCGAGCUGUCAGACUCUGACACAGGUGAUGUUGUGGAUGUUCCAGAUGACUGUGAAAUCCUCCGGCGGGACCUUGGCGCAGAGAUGGGGUGUGGCCAUGUGACUGACAUCAGGAAGGCUGUGGGACACACAGCCCUCACUCACACACAGUCUGAAGGGGACCUGUCUCUGGACUCCGCCCUCUCUAUCCUGCAGUCAUCUUGGCACCUCCUCCAGCACUUCCCUCCCCCCUCCCUCUUCUCCCGCCUCUCCUCCCUCAUCGCCCAAGCAAACGGACAGAGAGACCCCAUCACCACGGCGAUGAUGCACUCAAAUGCCCUUGGAAUUACCACACGACAUCACAUGACCCGCAGUCUGGCUUCACGCAUGAGGAAAACAAAGAAGUGCUUGCCUGAUGUGGCAGAUGCUUUGGGUGCUCUGAGUCUGGGAGACACGCAGGAGACGCAGACAAGCAGGCAGAAGGAAACACAGAAGGAGACGCAGACAAGCAGGCAGAAGGAGACGCAGACGCUGGCAAAGAUGCAGCAGAUUUUCUCUUUUUCCUCCGCAGAACCUCACAGCUUCCCCCAAACACACACCAAACAGUUCACCCAGCAACUAAAGGAACUCCCAACAGGUGUAACCGUGUGCAUGUUGUCAGUGGUGGAGGCGUGUCCAGGGAUGAUUGACACACUUCUGCUGACUCGGCUGGAGAGAGACUCCACCCCCAUCACCAUACGCAUCCCCACGGUUCACAGACAGCACUCGUUGAGUGCGUGUGUGGCUGAACUGGAGGCAGUGUUGGAGCAGCAGAAGCAGCUGAAUGGCGUCUCCGAGAAGAGCCAAUGGUGGGACGGGAGGAGGAGCCUGGACUCACGUAUGCAGAGGCUGAUGGAGCACAUGCAGAAAUGUUUGGGGGUGUGGCUCUGUUUGCUCCUCCCCCUGACCUCUGACCCAGAACUGUCCGAGCAGCUCGCGCUCCUGACGCCCCUUCUCACGCCCAGCACCAUCACAACACACAUGCUUCAGGCGGUGCUGUCGGCUGCUCCUCUUCUCUCGAGCUGGGACAUGCAGUGCCUCACAGAGGGGGCGGGGCUAGACCAGGGGGCGUGUCUACAUCUUCAGAAGGCAGUGGCCAAACUACAGAACCGGGCGGAGCCAGAGGGUCACACGGUGCUCAUUCUGGACAAGUACCUCCAAAAGCUGCCGUGGGAGAGCAUGUCGUGUCUCAGGGCUCGUUCGGUCACACGUAUGCCAUCUCUACAAGCUGUUCUGGGACAUUCCUACCUUCAGAAGAUGGAUGCUGAGUGUGUGUUGGCGCAGGGUGUGGACCCUCAGCAGGUGUUCUAUCUUCUGAACCCUGAUGGAAACCUCCCGGAUACAGAGCAGCGCUUCAAAGACUGGUUUACCAGUGAGGAGGCGUGGCAAGGUGUGUGUGGCUCCGCCCCUGAUCCAGGAAAACUACAGGAAGCCAUGUCCACCAAAGACCUUUACAUUUACGUGGGUCACGGGGCAGGAGCUCGUUACCUGGACUCGGGGCGACUGCUGAAGGGGGAGGUGCGUGCCGCCGCCCUGCUGUUUGGAUGCAGUAGUGCAGCCCUGAGUGUCAACGGGCUGCAGGAAGGGACAGGGAUAGUCCUCAACUACAUCAGCGCUGGCUGUCCUCUGGUGUUGGGUAACCUGUGGGACGUGACUGACCGUGACAUCGAUCGCCUGACGGUGGCGCUGCUGCGCUCCUGGCUCUCUGGGGGGCGGGGGUCGUCUCUGCUCACACACCUGCCUGCUGCACGAACAGAGGCACGCCUCACACACAUCAUUGGAGCCGCCCCAGUCGCCUACGGCCUGCCAGUAUACCUCAGAUAACACACACACACACACACACACACACACACACACACACACCUCACGCUUGCAUCGUAUAUUAACAGACAAUACAGGAACAUAUGUACAUAUUCACGCUCUUAAUAACUCAGGAAUUGGGACAUAAGAGUCUCUAACGUGGUCUUAUAAGGUUUUAUUUCUUGUGUAUGGCUUUUAUUUUCAUGGCUUUUAAUGAACAGACACCCCCCCCUAAUUUUAUAGCAGUUUAUUUAACGGCUUUUAUGAUCUUAAAUUAAAAUGCAGCGCCUCGGUGUGUUCACUUUUAAAGUCUUCAGCAAACACCUUGAAAUAAACUUCAGAUGUUUUCUGUAAA